GUCGCGAAGUAUAUUGGGAGUGGUAGUUGCCCAGUGUCGGCUGGAGUCGAGAGUGACACAACAUCGCGGGAGAAGAGGCGCAGAGCAGUCUGGGAAGUGUAGUUCGGGCUGCGCAGCCAUGGAGUCUUGGUGGGAGUUGAGGUUCUGGGAAACUACAGAGGCCUGAAAAGAGAUUUCGACAGUGACUUUAAACUUCCAUAGCUCAGCACAGGAAGCAUUCUGAUUAAUGAAUGAUUUACCCAUUUCGGACCUGCUUAGAUCCUGUGGAUAAUCCUGUGAAUUGGUGUAUCUGUUUGUAGCUGAGGCUUGGCACCCACAGCUUUUCCUGUCCUGCCAUUUUAACAGCCCACAGCUCAUUGGGUCUGGCUCCUCUGAAGUCCUGGUUGACUUCAAUAUGCUGCGACGGAAACCAACACGCCUGGAGCUCAAGCUCGAUGACAUUGAGGAGUUUGAGAACAUUCGAAAGGACCUGGAGGCCCGUAAGAAACAGAAGGAAGAGGUGGAAGGUGUAGGAACCAGCGAUGGGGAAGGAGCUGCUGGGCUCAGCAGUGACCCCAAAAGCCGGGAACAAAUGAUUAAUGAUCGAAUUGGUUAUAAACCCCAACUCAAGUCCAACAACCGCACAUCUCAGUUUGGAAACUUUGAAUUUUAGAGGUGGAUUCUCUUGCAUGCCAGACCCCUGGGACAAAAUACAAUGAUGACAGAAGUACCAAUCAUAUUUAGAGAAUUAAGUGUGUACAACCAAGCAGAAUGCUUUCUGUCUCCUGCAGGGAGAGAUAACUUCUGUGUGAAAUUAUUGCUGUCCAACCUUUCUGAUAGGCUGCAAGCCAAAUUCUGGCUUGUUCCUAUAAAAUUGGACUACAGAAAGCUUACCUGAUUUUUGUUUUUAAAAAUAAAUAUAUUUUUGGAAAAAAUGUGAGAUGUCCUUAAAGGUAGUAGCACUGCUACUCCCCAGCUCGACCAGGUAACUGCUACAAGUGAUACUGUCCUCCUUGUCUUUACAAAAAGACCUCAGACCCAGGACACUGGCAGUGGAUCCCCUGGACUUUGACUUGCCUUGUUUAUUCAAUAUCUGGUGACUGCUGACCAUUCUUCAAGCAACAGAGAUCCCAGAUGAGUGUGCUCAGGCUGUAAGCCAGCACUUGGGAGGCUGAAAUAGGGAUCUCAAGAGUUGGAGGCUACUCUGAGCUACAGAGCAAAACCCUGUCUCUAAAUGUCAAAAAACCAAACAAAACCAAGACGAAGAUCCCUGCCCUCAUGGAGACUGGAUUGUAAUGAUCAAAUUGUCAGAAUCAAAUCCACUUAUAGGAAGGCUUUACACAGGGGGGAAACACAGGCAGCCCUAACAGUGAGUCAUCCUAUUCUCCACUAGGGACUUGUCUAAGAAUUGUUGCACAAGACCCAUCUGAGAGCUACUCUGGAUACUUUUGCACCAUGCCCUAUUUUUACCAUAAAAUCUAGGGACAGAACUAUCAGCUGUGGAAGCCAGAACAUCUGGAAUCAAGUUUCAAAGAAACUCCUUAGCUGGAACUUACCAAGGAUUUUGGACAGUUCAUGAGUGAUGUGAAUGGGAAGGUAGAGACAGAGGGGAAUGUAUAGUUCCCUCUCCUGCUCCAAGCUUUUCUACAAAACCUUUAUUCUAGUCUUAUUGGUGACUCCUAAGUCCUGUUAUUUUCCUGUCUUAGAACACAAUAAAACCCCCAAGACACAGGCUGUACUCUUAUUAUUGCAGCCUGUGAAGGCCUUACAGGGGGCAAAGAAAAGGAUCUGCCUGCUUCAGUCCCUCCCUGCAACUCCCCAGUAGGAUUUCCCAUAGUUGUUAUGAUGUCUCCUGCAGGUCUUGCCUUUUGUAUUAAUAGCUGUCGUGCAGAGGGCUGUAUAAGAGUGCCGAGCCAUUCCUGCAGAUCCUCUUAGUUCCUGCAAGGGUACACCAUUCUGAGUUUGCUGAUGUGAACCAGAGCUCAGCCAUGAAGGGGUAGGUACCUGGCAGCCUGCUUUCCCAGUUCAUGCUUCUAAAUGGUCUCAACUACAUUGCUUUCUUAGUGUUCUCAGCUGAGUCUUCAUUUUCCCCGAAGCCUUCAGGUAUAAUCAGUACACAGUAAAAAUGUAGUAAGACUUGAUGCCUGUCUUGUGUGGGAUGCCUUAUCAGUAUUACUCUUAGUUUAAAUAGGUGCUAGUACUCCUUUGUAUGUAUGCUCAUGCAGGGCAUGCUAGGGAUUGAACCUUAGAGCUUAGAAAGGCACACUAGGCAAGCUCUCAACCAACUGAGCUACACCCAUAGCCAUUUGUUUUUGCAACAGGGUCCCUCACUGUGUAGAAUCCCAGGUGCAUCUUCAAAUUCUGCCCAUCUGCAGGCCUCUCUGUCUCCAUCUUCAUAGCUGGUCCUGAAAUCCCUGCUGCUACAGGGAGAGACAGAGAAGCUAUGGAGUGUCUGUAAACACAAUACCCAGGUGUCAGGAUUACACUUUAUUCUCAUAGACUUACAGACCAGGUUGCUAGACUCUAGGGCAGUAGAGGGCCUCUGGUGGAGCACAUUUGCCAUCUGUAUGUACCCCUCCUCCAUACUUCCCCUAAAUCCUGAGUGGCACAUUCCUUUAGAAUUCCCUCCUUUCUCCCUGCCACAAAGAAUCAGAGAUAGACUGACUGGUGUUAGGGCCUGAGCUCUCAAGAGCCUCUCAUGCUGCUGUCUGUAUUUUUAUGGUAUUAAUAAACUUCUGGCCCAAAAGGAAAA